ACGACUUCCAAUAUGGCGGCCCCCUUGUGUCAGUGUUAUCAGAUGUGUUUAAGAAGAGGCUUGGUAGCAUCUCCUUCCUCUUACAUGAUGUUUCCAAAUAGACCCAGUGUUUACAGGAUCCUCCUCAGAACCUCUCCACAGGUGCCCCAAUUUCUUCUUCCCCAGGUAAGAUAUUUAUCAGGGGAAAAGGGUGGGGGCAGGAAGGGUUUCCUUGGGGAGUUUUUGGAUAACCUGAAACAGGAGUUAAACAAGAACAAAGAAAUGAAAGAAAAUAUUAAGAAAUUCCGUGAAGAGGCCAAAAAACUCGAGGAGUCAGAUGCACUGAAACAAGCUCGAAGGAAAUAUAAAAGUAUAGAAUCAGAAACAGUGAAGACAUCCGAGAUCCUGAAGAAGAAGUUGGAAAACAUUUCAGAGACGGUUAAAGAGGGGCUGGAAGAAGUCAGUCGAACAGAUAUUGGGAAGAAAAUCAAAGAGGGAAUGGAGGAAGCAGCCAAAACUGCAAAGACCUCUGCAGAAUCUGUCUCUAAGGGUGGAGAGAUGUUGGGGAAGACUGGUGCGUUCAGAGCAAUAUCUCAGGGGAUGGAGAGUGUGAAGAAAGAGAUCGGCGAUCUCGGCCACACUGGCCCGUACAGGCCUCCAGCCAGGCUACGGAAAAGGACUGAGUUCUCCUCCAAAGGUGCAGGGGAUGACCAAAAGAUCUUCGAAGCCAACGAGGAAGCUAUGGGAGUGGUGCUGCACAAAGACUCCAAAUGGUACCAGCAGUGGAAAGACUUCAAAGACAACAAUGUGGUCUUUAAUAGGUUCUUUGAGAUGAAGAUGAAGUACGACGAGAGCGACAACAUCCUAAUCCGAGCGUCGCGUGCCGUCACUGACAAGAUGACCGACAUCGUCGGCAAUCUGUUUUCCAAGACAGAAAUGUCUGAGGUUUUAACGGAGAUCUUGAAGGUGGACCCUUCUUUCGACAAGGAUUCCUUCCUCAAGCAGUGCGAGCGAGACAUCAUCCCAAAUAUACUUGAGGCGAUGAUCAGAGGGGAUCUGGAGGUUUUGAAGGACUGGUGCUAUGAAGCAACAUACAGCCAACUUGCACAUCCGAUUCAGCAAGCCAAGGCCAUGGGAUAUAAGUUUGACUCUAACAUUCUGGACAUAGACAGCAUCGACCUGGCCAUGGGUAAAAUGAUGGAGCAGGGUCCGGUGCUGAUUAUAACUUUCCAGGCACAGGUGGUCAUGGUGAUUCGAGACGCCAAGGGAGAGGUGGUGGAGGGAGAUCCUGAAAAAGUGCUUAGGAUGAUGCAUGUGUGGGCUCUGUGUCGAGACCAGGAAGAACUGAAUCCAUACGCUGCCUGGAGACUGCUGGACAUCUCUGCUUCAAGCACUGAGCAGAUCCUCUAAGACUUUAUGCACAACACUCACUCAGGAGGAGAACAUGUUCUUGAACUGGUCCGCGAAGACGAGAGGAAGACAUGCAGAGUUCAGCAAAGUGGGCUCAUGACACUACCCAAA